AUGAGACCAUUGCAAAGAACAAUUGCAGUAUUAGGAGAUACUGCCGUGGGAAAGUCUUCAUUGACAAUCCAAUUCGUAGAAAAUCAUUUUGUUGACUCUUAUUAUCCAACAAUUGAGAAUACUUUCAACAAAGUCAUAAGAUAUCAUGGACAGGAAAUAGCAGCAGAAAUUAUUGAUACUGCUGGUCAAGAAGAACAUUCACUUUUCAAUCCAACUUAUGGAGUAGGAACUGAUGGUUAUAUUUUAGUGUAUUCGAUAACUUCUAAAAAAAGUUUCGAAAAAUUGACACCAGAAGAAGGUAAAGAAUUAUCUAUUCAAUGGAAUUGUGCAUGGACAGAAGCAUCCGCUAAGCAUAAUGAGAAUAUAACUCGUAUUUUUGAAUUAAUGAUAGGGGAAAUAGAAAAAUUAAAUUAUCCAAAUGGUGAAGAACAUA